GGGAGCCGAGGAAGACGCUCCGAUAACCCGUGCGUUUCGUAAGGCUCGGAGCACUUGUACAUUUCUGCAGGCGCGUAGCGAGCCAUUCGCGGCGGCUGCUGCAGCUCUGACUGCAUCUUCCUCCUUCUCCCUCCCUCCAGCUCCGCGCGUGUGUAUGUGAGUGUGUGCGAGUGUGUUUUGCAGGUGUGUCCGUUUUAAUUCUGCCCAGGAGGUGGGACUUGGUGACUUUAGCACCAUUUUUUUUCCCUUUUUAUUAUUAUUAUUUUUGCCUUCCCACCGUCCGUUGUUGCAACCCUGCAAAGUCUCGGAGUCGGAGAGCGCGCCUCAUUUCCAGAGCUCCUGGACCCCGCAAGACGGCGAGCGCCGAGCCGGCCACCAUGCCCGGCAGACCGCGCCACUAGGCGCUCCCCGCGGCUCCCACCCGGCGGCGGCGGCGGCGGCCGCGAUGGUUUCCGACGCUGAAGGAUUUUGCAUCUGAUCGCUCGGCGUUUCAAAGGCAGAGGCCCCCCUCCCCCUUCCCCCCUCCCUCGUCGUCUUUGUUUCCUUCCCCCCCUGCUCUCCCCACUCCCCCCACCCCACCCCCCUCUCCUCUCCUCCUCCUCCUCUUUUUUAGAAGCAGCGAUCGGAGAUGGAUGUCUCUCUUUGCCCAGCCAAGUGUAGUUUCUGGCGGAUUUUCUUGCUGGGAAGCGUCUGGCUGGACUAUGUGGGCUCGGUGCUGGCUUGCCCUGCAAAUUGUGUCUGCAGCAAGACUGAGAUCAAUUGCCGGCGGCCCGACGAUGGGAACCUCUUCCCCCUCCUGGAAGGGCAGGAUUCAGGGAACAGCAAUGGGAACGCCAGCAUCAACAUCACGGACAUCUCAAGGAAUAUCACUUCCAUACACAUAGAGAACUGGCGAGGCCUGCACACACUCAAUGCCGUGGACAUGGAGCUCUACACGGGACUCCAGAAGCUGACCAUCAAGAACUCUGGACUCCGGAACAUUCAGCCCAGGGCCUUCGCCAAGAACCCCCACUUGCGUUACAUAAACUUGUCGAGUAACCGGCUCACCACACUCUCCUGGCAGCUCUUCCAGACGCUGAGUCUUCGGGAAUUGAGACUGGAGCAGAACUUCUUCAACUGCAGCUGUGACAUCCGCUGGAUGCAGCUGUGGCAGGAGCAGGGGGAGGCCCGGCUGGACAGUCAGAGCCUUUACUGUAUCAGUCCUGAUGGCUCCCAACUCCCUCUCUUCCGCAUGAACAUCAGUCAGUGUGAUCUGCCCGAGAUCAGUGUGAGCCACGUCAACCUGACCGUCCGAGAAGGAGACAAUGCUGUAAUCACUUGCAAUGGCUCUGGCUCCCCCUUGCCUGAUGUAGACUGGAUAGUCACUGGGCUGCAGUCUAUCAACACCCACCAGACCAAUCUGAACUGGACCAAUGUGCACGCCAUCAACUUGACCCUGGUGAACGUGACAAGCGAGGACAAUGGUUUCACCCUGACGUGUAUUGCAGAGAACGUGGUGGGCAUGAGCAAUGCCAGUGUUGCUCUCACUGUCUACUACCCUCCACGUGUGGUGAGCCUGGUGGAGCCUGAGGUACGCCUGGAGCACUGCAUUGAGUUUGUGGUGCGUGGCAAUCCGACACCCACGCUGCACUGGCUGUACAAUGGGCAGCCACUGAGGGAGUCCAAGAUCAUUCACAUGGACUACUACCAGGAGGGGGAGGUCUCUGAGGGCUGCCUGCUUUUCAACAAACCCACCCACUACAACAAUGGCAACUACACCCUCAUUGCCAAGAACGCCCUGGGCACAGCCAACCAGACCAUCAACGGCCACUUCCUUAAGGAGCCCUUUCCAGAGAGCACAGAUUUCUUUGACUUUGAGUCUGACGCAAGCCCCACACCUCCCAUCACUGUGACCCACAAACCAGAGGAAGACACAUUUGGGGUCUCCAUAGCAGUCGGACUUGCUGCCUUUGCUUGUGUUCUUCUGGUGGUUCUCUUUAUCAUGAUCAACAAGUAUGGUCGCCGGUCCAAAUUUGGAAUGAAGGGUCCUGUGGCUGUCAUCAGUGGUGAGGAGGACUCAGCCAGCCCACUGCACCACAUCAACCACGGCAUCACCACACCUUCCUCGCUGGACGCUGGGCCGGACACAGUGGUCAUCGGCAUGACCCGCAUUCCAGUCAUUGAGAACCCCCAGUACUUCCGCCAGGGACACAAUUGCCACAAGCCAGACACAUGGGUCUUUUCAAACAUAGACAAUCAUGGGAUAUUAAACUUGAAGGACAAUAGAGAUCAUCUAGUCCCAUCAACUCACUAUAUAUAUGAGGAACCUGAGGUCCAGAGUGGGGAUGUGUCUUACCCAAGGUCGCAUGGUUUCAGAGAAAUUAUGUUGAAUCCAAUAAGCCUUUCCGGACAUUCCAAGCCUCUUAACCAUGGCAUCUAUGUUGAGGAUGUCAAUGUUUAUUUCAGCAAAGGACGUCAUGGCUUUUAAAAAACUCCUUUUAAACCUCCUUGUUCUGAUGUCACCUUGGUAGGAUGGGCCCUCUGAGAGGUUGGAAGCUCUAGGCAUUGUUCUUUUUGGAUCCAGGGAUGCUAAGUAGAAACUGCAUGAGCCACCAGUGCUCCAGCACCCUUUACCACCGAGAUGGGUGUGUAUCCCGUGGACCACUGGCAGGUUGCCCCCCCACUCCAGUCAUCACUGUGUUCCUUUUUCUCCGAGCCUCCGAGGCAGCUCCUGCCAACAUCUUUAGAGCCAAUAAAGAGAAUACAAACCCAAGCACCAGGAGCUACCUUUUAAACACACUAGCCAUUCUCUUGACCCAACCAUCACAAGAAAGCCUGAUGAAGUCCAGCCGCAUUCCAGUCUCACCUUCCGACUUGGAAGCGUGGGGUCUCCAUGCUGUCCUCUCAGUGAUCUCGUCGCCCUGCGCAACCUCCAGCGGGGAAGAGUCACAGAGGACUCUUAAGCAGAGGUGGAGACGGCGCGGUAAGAGGAAGGGGAUCCAGGCCCAAGUAUUGGCUGCAGAUUAGGUCUCGGAGGGAAGAAUGGAAGACAGUCAUUUUGUUGGUUUAUUUUUAUUUUUGUGUGUAUGUGUGUGUGUGGAGAAAAAAAAAAUCAUGCUUUUUUUUUGUUUUGUUUUGUGGACACACUUGGCCCCUCCUCCUUCUCUCUGGAAUGGCUCACACUGAGUGCAAUGUUAGAAAGUUCUUGGGGAAGAGUUUAUGUUGGCUCUACCUGGGUCACUAGAGCUGCAGUUUCGACAAGCAUUGGCUACAGGAGGUCUUGCCUGUGAAUUGGCCAUCCUACUAGGACCACAAGGGACCAAGGGAAUCAGGGACCAAGACCCUUCCUCCUAGCUCAUGAUCUCGGGAUUGGCUCUCUCCCCUACUUCCACUUAUUCUUGACUCUGAGAACUUUUGGAACCCAGUGGAAUCAUCAUGCCACGGUCAAGAUGAACUGAAGGGGAAGAGACGUAAGAGCUGGCCUCCUCCAGCCCCUCUCGUGGCACCGAUGGGCUGUCAUCCAGGUCUCUGGAUACGUGCGUUCACUGUGCUUGCUCUCAUUCCUGUCUUACUCCGUAGCCAUCCUCUCCCAAAGAGGGGUUGUUCCCCCAUUUUCAGCUUGACCCUCUGGGGAGAGGGAAGGGGUUGAUAGUCCUUUACAUGAUAGGAAAGACAAAUUUUCAGAGCUUGCAAGCUUUGCCAGGUUGGCUGAAGUAUUGGCUGGGUGAAUUUUGGCAUGGCCCAGCUCUCCCAGUUCCAUGGGUGUCCCUGUUAUGGGAAAGAAUAUGGAGUACCCCAAGUUCAGUUCUUGAGACAACAUGGUGUUUAGUAAAACCCAGUCUGUUCUGGUGUAGUGUUGCACAGCAGUUGGAAGACAGAGCAUAUAUAUUCCCUAGGUUAUAUUCCCUAGGGCCUGCAGAGGAUGGUUCAUCAUGUCAGGUUCUCAGACUGAUGUUAUAGGUACCUCUGUGGGGAUAUAUAAGCACAAAGCUUUCCAAGUUCUUUCCCAGGACCUGGAGUGGCCUCCACAGCGUCACUUUAGGUUCAGGGUUCCUCAAGGGCCCCCAGAUCUGUAGCUGUCCAGUCCCUCCCACCACUGCUCACCCUCCUCCCCAUGGUUCUCUGUUGAACUCUUCCCCAUCACACUCAGAUGAUCCCUUGGGUUCAGGUCUCCUCCUGAGUGUGGCUUUAAGGAGUAAGUUUGAGGAUGAUGUUUUUAAUUGUUGUAAAUCAUGACCUCAUGUCCAGCCUCCCAGGCUCCAUCCAUCUUUUACUCUGCCAUCUCUUCACUUUGUGCUUUGACAAUGGGGCGUUGUGUUUCCACAGAGACUUAUAGGAGUGUUCAGUGUAUAGUUUCUUAAUAAACACUUUAUUUUCUAAUGAAAUGACUGCAUCAGACCUCUUAUUUGGAAGUUUUACAAAGAAUAUUAAAGAUGUAGCAAUCCCAGGGCCCCACAAUUUAUUUCCCACUUUGAUAUUAUGUUGCUAUGGACAUUUCCAGCACAGUUCUGCUAGCCAGAGGGUUUUGCAAUGUCCCAUUGGUUGGGUUCAUGGAGAAUCAUCAAGGUACCUCAGAUUCCUAUGAUAAAAUGCUUCUUCAUCUUAUUAGGCACUCAGAAAGGUUCAGUGGUCCAACCAGGAUCACAUAGCAUGAUAGGCAAAAGCAAGAUUCAAACUUGAUUCCUAUAGUCACCACUGGGGCUUCUGAGGAGUAUCAAAGUACCUGGGGAGUUUUCUGCUGUUUGAGAAACUAAGACUCGUGGGGGUAUUUUCUUCCGAGCUGAUAUACAAAGGGAUCUGGGAGUGGGGGUGGGGGAGCCUUUCUCUUUGACGUGAAAGCAAACCUGUGGGGUUCUCCCUAGGAUGGAGUAGUUUUCUAUCUUUUCUGUGAACUUACUUAGAAAAAGAUUAAUCUCUGAGAUUAUAGGCCAGUCUCUUAUCACUGAGAGACACUUGACAUGCGCAUAUAUACAGACAUAUCACACGAACACUCAAACUCACUUAGGUUCAGCUGUCUUGGCAGGGCUCACAUGGGCUUCCAGAAGGUGGAGGAAAAAGAGCCCCUGGAUCCUAUUGAAAGUCAAAAGCCAAGGUGAGCUGCUAUUUCUCUCUGACCAAGCCUGGAUCCUGGUCCCCACCCAGUACAAAGGCCUAAAUGCCUUCUUUACUUCAUAUUCGCUUCCUUUUAGAAGGAAAGCAAGCAAUGUGUAAGAGAAACAGAGAACAAGGGCUGGAGAAAGGAUAAUAGGUGGAUGUGGACCCUUCUCUGGGCCUCAUUGGGGCUUGCUGGAGCUCCGUUACAUAGGAAGCAAAGGAGAAACAAACCAAGGUAGGUGGGAUGUGUGACAGUGUUGAGAUUGGUGCCUCUCUGUGUGACCUCCCUCACUUUAUCUCCUGCACAAGUCUGCUUGAAUCCUUCCUGCCCUCAACGCAAGUCUGUGUCCGUAAGAGUAGCCUGCUAUAUACGAUAGAGGUUACACUAACUCCUCACUUUUGUAUAUUCUCAGUGGUUCCAGGAUAUCAGGGUCAGGGCAGAGAUAUCUGAUAUUUGGGACUAUCCUUGGGGUCAAGGAAAAGUAUGUGAAUUCAAGGAAGAACUUUGGUUUUUCAUGCAAGACAUUUAAGCUCUGUGUUAUCUCAUGCUCAGAGCCUGCCAAUGCACAGUAAUAGAUAGUGGGUGGAAAUAACCCCCGAGAAAAUGGGAGGGGACAGGGCUUUGUCAGCAUCAGCCAAGUGGAGUGAGAGACCUUCUUAUAUAUCAGGAGGCAAGAGGAAAGGAUAGAGCUGUGGGUUUGUUCAGUGGUUCAGGGGCAAGAAAAUAAGGGACUAUUUUCUUUGUGUGGUAGCUUCUAUUGUGCCUGUGAAGUGUGAGGUAAGGUUCUGUACCGUGAGUGAGGAGAUCCAGUAAGAGUUGAGAUGAUAUACAGUGGUAUUGGCAGAGACUAUGGUGAAUGCCAGGGAAGUGCAGGAAGGUGGCUGGGCAGAGGAAGCACCUGUCUGGUCUCAGGGUCUGUCAUUUCCAUGGAUUCCUACUAGGUACUAAAGUACCCAUUAAGUACCCAUUAAGCCUUGGGGUCAGAUAGAGCUGGCACAGGGUACCCCCAGAGCAGAGCUCAGUCCAGAAAGGCGGCCGUAUUGGGGUGCUCAAGAGUGUCACCAUCCAGACCUGCAGUUUCCCAACCUUCUGGGUUCAGAGUUCACUGGCAGAUGUUCAUAGAGGCUUCCUUGGCCUUAAGCAUAUGGUCUGGUCCUGUGAUGUUUUGUGGUAGAGCUCCACGCCUGGAUAACCCAUGAGCCCAAUAUGCUUGUCAGGUACUUUCUGGUACUCUUUUUUUUUUUUUUUUUUUUUUUUUUUUUUAAUUCUGGAGGGAUAUUUGAGAGGUGACAGUUGUGUGUCUUGGAGACUGUGGAACUCAACUGUAUGCCGAGUGAGAAGGUUAUAGUUUCUGGAUACCUGUAAGUGCCACGGUCUAUACAGGUUGUGCAUCCUUAGGCUGUGUGGCCAGGUCAUGGAAAUAAGGGCUAAGUGCCCCAAAUUAGACUCACAAUGGAGCAUUCACAAUCAUCGCUUUGUUUAUCAUAGGAAGCACCUACUCAACUAGAACUUUCUACCGGUGAGAAAACUGAGGCUCUGAAAAAUUCCAUAACCACUCAGGAUUUCCAUAGCUUGUGACCUGUGACAUCAUAGAGUAUGCCUGAACUCAGAGUACUCUUGGUCACUCUUUUGUCCCCUAAAGCAGCCUCUUUUCUGCUCCUGGAGGCUUCCCCAUGAUAGCUUCCUACCCUCCACCUCAAGAUAAGAUCCUUCAGGCACUAUCCCUAGCUUCCUUCUGAAACUACAUUCAGAGAUCUCCUGAUGUGUUGAAACUCUGCCAUGUGAUUCUCAUCCAAGCAGAGACCAGAUGCCAGGCAGCUUCAGUUUGGAAGCUAAGAAGGUAGUCUCUGGGCUUCCCAGUCUCUCCUCUCUUGAAUGGGACUUCCUUCCUGCAGCCGAGUUCUCCACACCUCCAUCCUCACCUCCACCUCUACAUAGGUGUGGCAGCAGCAGCAGCAGCAGAAUACUAGGCAGUGACACCUCCUCUAACUCUAAUUUGACCCAGUUCCUUCAGGCCACAGUCAGGGUGGAGCAAAGAUCCAGAGUCUCAGGUACAGCCGUAAGGCAGUCCGUGAGGGUCCUGUCCCCUGGAACAAGCCCAGAAGUGGGCAGGAUGAGUUCAUUGUUGCAUAGCUCUCUGAACUAAGCUAGUCGUGGAUUAGGCAGAGUGGAGCCUUCCUUCUUUGGCGCUUGCUGACUCCUGCACGGACGCCAGACUUGCACACAAGGUGUUUAAUGUGACUUUGAUGCCAAAUGUGAAAGGAAGGUAGCAGAAAGGGAAAAAAAAAAUGGGAUAGUGAAGAGUAGGCCUAGCUCUCCUGAGGCUUCUCUGGGAGACCAGGGGAAAAUUCUUCAGCUUGACAGGAGAAGGAGAGAGGCAGACUAGAAAUGGCUGGCCCUUUAACUGCAUCUGCAGUGUCCAGUGCUGGCCUGGGGCUCCACUGCUCUCCUCUGCCUGCUCUACCCACCUGCUCCACCCCCGCUCCUUGAUGCUGGUUGAUGUGGGGGAAGCUACUUGCAGUCUCAGGUUUCCUUGGAAAGCUCUAGCUCUGCAUUGUGCCUCUAGAAAUCCUGUGGUUACCUCCCCCUCUACUUCCCACUUCCCAGGAGAACCUCAGCCUAGCUCUGACAGCGUAUUUUCAGAGCUAAAUCAGAUUCCUCCUUCAACCCUACUUGAACUCACAAGUGACUUGAAGGAGAUGCGUUAGCAGCGGGUAUGGUUCUGAAAUGACAUCAGGAUUCAGAAGCCUGCUUGGGUAGGAUCUGGGUCCUCUUACUUUGUAUACAAUGAGUGAAGCCUCUGCAGAGUGACCUGGCCUCGUUUUCUCCUUAAAGGACAACGUGACCAGGAAAAAAAUAUUUCUGCAUGGGUGGUAGAAGACCUGUGACCUCUCUGCCUUGUGAUCCUUUUCCAUCUGGAGAACGGCUCCCCCUAAACAUAAAAUAGCUUUGAGUGUGCUUGCCAGAGCUCGGUCUUCCUUGCGGACUCUCUUCUCUUUGUAGGGGGAUAUGAAUUUUUGAACCCUUGCUCAAAUUUGCUGCAUUCUCCAGGCUACAGGAAGCAGAGGGCAGGAAUAGGGAGGGGCAUCUUAGGGUUAAGCCACUGAUGGGGAUAGACUUGGCUCCUCUGACAAGUAGAAAUGAGAUGUGCAGGGUAAGCUCUGUGGAGCACAGACCCUGCCAGAUCAUAAAGGAGGCUAAUGGCACGUGUGUGGAAAGCCUUCUGCUCAGGCCCAUGGCAGACAUGGGGCUUUUUGGGAGUAAAGGCAAAAGGCAGGAUUAUGAAUUCCUGGAAAGCAGCUCGAACUUGAGAAAAAGCCAUAACUGACAACUCUGGUGGGACUUCCAGGCCUUCACACUGGGAAACACAUGAAUUUGCUACACGUGAACAGAAACACCCCUGGGCUUUGCAUGAUCACUGUGUUAACUCCUGACCCUGUGCAAAUCAUAGCCCCUCAAAGGUUUUUCACUGUAAAAUGGGCUCCGCUUUGAUGAGGUUCAGUGUAUAAAGAUGGGUGUGUGGCGUAGUCAAGAACAAUGGACCCUGGAUAUUCUGAGAUUCCAAACCACGGAGCUCUUGCUUCACCCCUUGACUAAAAGAAAAGUCAAAAGACACUUGUGGGUACAGAGGAGGGGUGGUCAAGAUUCCCCACUCAGCCAUGGAGAGAGUCUGAGGAGCAAGGGCUGAGGCUGCCAACAGGUAUGCAUUCCAGAACUGUGGCUGGCCGCCAGGACUGCCUUCAAGUGUGUCAUAGCAGCUGAGAACACACCACCAAGCCAGACUUUGGUAAGUAACACCAGAGAAGGCCUUGGUGGGGACCUACAGGGCCAGCUUGCCUCUACAGCUCUCUUUCCCUUUGUUUCUGCCACUUUUAUGCUGUUACCAUGGCAGCAAAAUGAAGCUUGGUUCUGCCUUUGGGAACUGCAUUGGAGCAAGUGGCCUAUUUCCCUUAAAGAGACACUUUCUUCCCUCUCUUGAUUGCACAGUUCAUUCUCCAGCAAGAAGGACAAGGACCGAGGCUGGUAAUGGGUAAAGUGAUGUCAGUGCUGUCAGACAUGGCCUGGCAAGCUUCCUUUUACAGACUUCUGAAGAGCCACCAACCUUCUUACUCUGAGAACAUGUUAGCUUUGCUCUGUUUGUGUCCAUGUGAUGUGCAUGGGGUUUCUUACUCUGCAAGGCUUGCAAUAGCAGCUGACGAAAAUUCAUGAAUCCUGGUCCCCCUCCCAAGUGGACUCCUCAGAGAAAGAGGAGGUGGACGGCUGGAGAGAGGGGCCAUAUGUAUCCAUAUGUAUGACUUAGUCUCACACACUCAGGUGCUUAACGUGCCCUUGAGUUUGAUGAUAAUAGGGUUGAGCCUCUGCAAGAGGAGGCUUUCUGAGCUUGCAUCAGCUCUCUUUCUCUCACUGGAAGUCUUUCUUGGAGGGGCAGUCUCCAAAAUCUGCCCUCCUUCUGCUCAAGGCAUGACCUGAAGCCUGUGUCCCACAGGCCAACCAAAGUGUUCCAGGGUCCUUUCUCAAAUAAUCCUAGGAAGCUGGAAAAUCCCAUAGCACAGGCUGGAUGCUAACUGAAUCCAUCCUGUGCAUUGUGUGCACAUCAAUCAAUAUUGUUACCGUCCCUUGUCACAGGGGAAGGAGUAAAUCUGUAACAACUCUUGGGAGUGUUCGUCUCCGAAAGGUCAGUCUGGCUAAGAAGGCGCAGCCAAGACCUGUGACACUCUCUGGACAUUCCCACCAGAGGGGCACAGCUUUGCUCAAGUCCUUUGCUUGAGAAGAAGCUGAUAAAGUUGACCUGGGAGACCUGGAGUCUGGUCUUUCCUAGUCAGUGGGCACCACGGGGAAACACCAUCAAUAUAGAUUGUAUUUUGGAACAUCAUGGCUAGGAGAUUUAAAAUUCUGAAUCUGUGUCUAAGUGAUCCACAAAAUGGCUCAAUCUUUAUGGCCCUUAGUUUGGCACUUCUUGUGACCCUAAUAGGCAUUUGCUGCUUAACACCCCUGAUGUCAAACAGCCAACUUGGUUAUGAGGAAGACCAAAAUGGCUACCAUAAUCAUUUUAUGAGGUCAGCCGCCUUGACAAACUGUUAUUCCACACGAAUGGGUCAGUUUUUUGGGCAAGGCUUCAGCAACUGCAAUAUGGCUCUCGCUUAAUUUGGAAUUCCCAACUUGCAGAAAAAUCAUUUUUCUCAUCUCAGGUAUUAAAUAAAUGCUUUGAAAAUCAUGUGCCCCCCAUUACUGGCUCCGGCAAUGCUCCCCUUAAGUCUAUCAGAUGCUGAAGAUUCAUCCGAUAACUUUAGAGAUUGUUACACGGUUUAUCGGCUCUUAUGGGUUCAUGGUGUAUGUUAGGAUAUUAAAGGCUCUGAGAACCCCGGCUGUCAAUCAACCUUUUUGUUCGGCAAGUUUUCCAACAUAAUUGAACAUUCUUCACUUAACACCUAUUAAUACAUUCCACACACAUACUUUAGGGAACACUGGUUAUUGUGUGGUCACACGAUUUUAAAAGAGAACUAAGCAGGAUGCUUCAUCGGCGACCCACUGAUGUCAAAGGUAUCAUCGAAGGACCACAUCUCACAUCUCAACCCACCAGGAGGCUCAGCUCUCCCAGUGGUAAGUCCCUGCACGUAGGAACUCGAGACUUCUGCUCUAACGUGGGCCACUCUCAUAGACUGAUGUCACCUAGUGGUAGCACCCAGAAAUGACGACGGGAAUCCCGGUCUCAGCCAUGCCACUAAACAAGUGACCUGGGGUAAGUAAGUUAAUUUUCCUUGUUCAGUAUUUGUCUCAGUAGCCGGCUAAAGGUUUACUGACACUCAUGUAGAAUAGCCUAUUCAACAGGUGCACUGAACGCCAUGUCCCAAUGAGCCACUGCUGACUCCUGGCAGGGGACACAUUGGGUGCUCUGGUGAACGUCUUGGCCAACGAGGUGGGAAGAGUGAGAGAGAGGGGCUGUGUUUGUGGGUAGGGAUCAGCCUGGUUCUCAGGGUAAGGAAGGAGGCCGGUGUUUGGGUUUUAGCAGGUCCUUCCUGUCACCUUUGGACAGGGCCAAGAGGGACUUCUCAGCAAGAUUUUCCAACUUUGAUUUCAAGAAGGCAGCGCUGCCUAACAAAUAGUCUGAAAUGUCAAAGAAUAAAUGUUAAAGCUUGAGAGGUCGUUCCCCGGGGAGUUGCCUGGGCUGGUGAGGGAGGGGGGGGGAAAUGAGGAGGGAGAGAAGGACACAGCAGAAUCCUCCACAUAAAGAUUCCAACUUGGUUUUGUGAUAUUUAAGAGAAAAGGAAACUGAAUUAUUUAUAACAUGGAAGAUGGAAACAGGGCUAUAGAGGAAUGACUGGCCUGGGGAUGGGAGCUCACAUGCCAGUAUUUGCCUGGUGAAGCUUCUUUUGCCGUUGACAUCCUAUUGGCCAUUUUUUUGAGCUGCCUACUGGAAUUAUUAUUACUCUGCAGAACACCUACAUCAUCUACUAUAGAGGUUGGAGGAGGCAGUUUCUGGAAGCAAGUAUUACAAAAAGCGUGGAUGUCUUUCCCUCCAAGAGCUGAAACACGUGACUGGGAAACUCCUUCCCUUCUUUCGGCUUCCAGUCUGUGCUUCUCAAGGCAGGGAUUCAGAAGAGCCCGGCUCCAGUGUGAGUGGGAGCCACCUUGGUCUUGGCCUGGGCACCAGCUGUCAGUGUAGAUCCAAGAAGAUGAAUUUCACCUUUCAAUUGUUUCAUCUGAAAGAUGAUGGAGACAAUUAUCCUAUGCUCCUUCUGGGAAUGUCAAGAAUACCACGUGUUCAAAAUAUCUCUGUACGUUGGGGCAGGGACAGGAGCACAGACUAACCUCUAUAUUGUAUGAGGUGAAAAUGAUGUUAAAAUUUUUUUAAAGGAGAAAUCAAAGGUGAUAGAAAGGUUGGUAGCAAAAUUGGAGGGAAUGGGGUCUCUUGUUUGUUUUAGUUAGUGAUGCAAAAAAUGUGUAAUGUGAUAAUUAUACCUUGAUUCUAUAACAUGGGUGGUUUAAUCCAUCAAAGAGUUCAGUUAAGAAAAAAAA